UUUCCCAAGCCAGGCCAGGGAAAUGACAUGUCAGCUUCAGCCUGUGUGUGGUUCCUGUGCCAGGGGCAGCUUAGCGUAGGGAGUGCCCUGGGAAGCCCCAGAGGAGUGCCAGGGAGCGGCUGGGGGGCUGCAGUGUAAAAGAGUAGGCCAGAUGGCUGAAGCAAGCUACCCCAACCGUCCUGGUUACCUGCAAAGAGAAACCGAGGCUGGCCUGGAAGCCCAGAGCAGUGACAGUCACGGUGCCACUCUUGGUGCCACAGAUGGAAAUGCAGGUCGCAAUCUGAAGGAGUGGCUGAGGGAGCAGUUCUGCGACCACCCCCUCGAGCACUGCGAAGACACGAGGUUGCAUGACGCUGCCUAUGUCGGGGACCUGGACACACUUCGGAGCUUGCUGCAGGAGGAGAGCUUUCAAAGCCGAAUCAACGAGAAGUCCGUGUGGUGCUGUGGCUGGCUGCCCUGCACCCCGCUGCGCAUAGCUGCCACCGCUGGCCAUGGCAACUGCGUGGACUUCCUCCUCCAGAAAGGGGCAGAGAUUGAUCUGGUGGAUGUGAAGGGGCAGACAGCCCUCUACGUGGCUGUGGUGAACGGACACCUGGAGUGCGCCCAAAUCUUACUGGAAGCUGGCGCAGACCCCAACGGGAGCCGUCACCAUCGCAGCACCCCUGUGUACCACACCUCCCGCGUGGGCAGGGCCGACAUCCUGAGAGAGCUGAUAAGGUAUGGCGCUGACGUGGACGUCAACCACCACUUGCCCUCGCGGGUCCCCAGCCCCUCCUCUCGCCCACUCACUUCCUUGGUGGUCUGCCCUCUGUACAUCAGCGCUGCCUAUCACAACCUCCAGUGCUUCAAGCUGCUGCUCCAGGCCGGAGCCAACCCUGAUUUUAACUGCUGUGGCCCCGUCAACAUCCAGGGCUUCUCCAGGGGCUCCCCAGUCUGCGUGAUGGAUGCUGUCUUGAGACAUGGCUGUGAGCCGGCCUUCGUCAACCUCUUGAUUGACUUUGGAGCCAACUUGAACCUGGUGAAGGCAGAGGGCCUGGAUACCGAAUCGACUGGAAGAGUUAAAGUCAACCCAGAAGCCUUGCAGAUGUUCAAAGAAGCCAGGAGCUGCCCCAGGAGUUUAUUGUCUUUGUGCCGUGUGGCCGUGCGGAGGAUACUUGGCAAAUCCCAUCUGCAUCUGAUACAUACUCUUCCAGUCCCAGACCCUAUCAAACAAUUUUUACUUCACAAACAGAGCUAGAAUGCUUUGGGGACAGUUUGCUGUACGAAAUGAGUGAGCUGAUGAAAACAGGUGCCAAUUGCCCCUCCUCCCCCAGUGCUGUUUUGAAAUAUAUCCUAUGGUUAUUUGUAUAAGGUUAUUUGUUAUGACACUACCUCUGUUGCUGCUACUUGUAACUUGUCUUGGGUUUUAGCAACACUAUUGUAUGUUGAACUUGUACCUACUCAAGCAGUGGGCUUUUAUCAGCCUAUAAAAUGCCUGACCUUAUCAAUAAUGGGCAUGUAGAACAGUACAGUUCCCUUAGGUUUUCAUGCUUCAGCUGUCCUUAUUUUGACCUUGCCCUCUUGAGGAACUGACAAUUGCUACUGUGCAUAUGGCAAGCUGAUGUGUUUUCACCUGCUGUACGGCUCAUUCUGGGGUGAAUGCAUUGGGUUUCUUGUCUGGUGCCGUGUGUUCCCUGGAGAAUAUGAAAUUGCUUGUUUGUGCCUAGCUGUUGCAAGGUAUCAGAAGAGUCCCAAGCCACAUCACUUGGCUUUUGUUGUUUAGAAAUUCCAAGCUGGGACUACUAAAAGACUAGGAAAUAGCCAACUGGUCUGAGCAACUGCAGGUGUUCUCAAAACACUCUCAGGUGUGAUAUGGUGUCCUGACCUACCUGCUACCAAAAUAUAUAUAGAUCAAGGUGGGCUACCAGAAAAAUAGGUCUCCAAUUACAUGAGUGCCUGGGAGUGGACCAACUAUAGCAAUCACUGCCAUGGCAUGAAGGGGAAAACCGAUAAGCAUGUGGGUUCUUAAUGGGGUUGUGGAGAAAGCACAUAGCAGCCUGGUCUGCACUCACCAUGGUAGUGUGGCUUAGCAAGCAGCACGCUUGGCUAUGAGCUGUGAAGGCAUCAAUCUGAGAUUCUGCUCAGAUGUUCUAUUCCACUCCUUUGUGAAUGUGGUGCCGCUCAGCCUUCUAAUGAGGACUUUCUCUAAGUUGUUCACAUCUCUCCUGAAAGCUAACAUUUCUAAUGUCCAUGGGCCAUCGAAAAACUCCCAUGGCACAUCUCAAAAAGAUAAUGUUCUGCUCAACAGCCCCGUGCGCAGUAAUGCUGGUUGAAAUAUCCGAGGACGAAUGGGAGCUGCUAUUCAGUGAAUAACUUAGUAAAUGUAUGCGUAGUGUCCUUAUGCUACCGGUAAUUAACUCCAUGCUUGUAAAUUGCUGUGGGGUUACGCUAUGCAGGAAACUCCACCAAACCAAAUACUAGUCUGCAUUCAUUGCUUAGAAACAUGCUGCCCCCGCUAAAAUGUUAUCAGUGUUUCAGCAACCAUGUAGGCAGUUAUUGAUGGAGAGGCAUCGGCAGUUUGCAAAGCAUGGCACACGCAUAUAGACAUUACUACCACUCUCCCCUGCCCAUCCUGUGUUGGCAUCAUUGUCAGAUAAAAUGUUCCCCGAUCAUCAGGUAUUUCCUACUUCUGCUGUGGACAGGACAAUUUCUUGGGAUGUCUGGGUGACUGAGCUGCUUGGUUUUAUCUUGAAUAAAGACUUAGUAACACUGCA